AUGUCUGAGGUGUAUAUUAUUUCUGCUUGCAGGACCCCAAUAGGGUCUUUCCAGGGACAAUUCGACAAAUAUUCGGCCUCGGAAUUGGGGACUGUAGCCCUAACUGAGGCGAUAAAAAGGGCCAAUUUAAAACCCGAAAAUGUAGAACAAGUUAUUAUGGGACAGAUAUUGACAGCAGGUCAGGGCCAAAAUCCAGCCAGACAAUCCGCCUUCGGGGCCAAAAUCCCCGAAACCUCACCGGCGUACACCAUAAACAUGCUCUGCGGAUCAGGCCUAAAAAGCGUGGCCUUGGCCUAUCAGGCCAUCAGAAACGGCGACUACGAAAUCAUCGCGGCCGGCGGACAAGAGAGCAUGUCCAGAUCCGAGCACACGGCCUAUCUCAGGGGAACCAAAAUGGGCAACGCUAAUCUAUCCGAUUCCCUUCUAAAAGACGGUUUGAUGGACGCUUUCAACAAAGACACCCACAUGGGUAAAACAGCCGAGAAUUUGGCUAAACUAUACGACGUAUCCCGCGAACGUCAGGAUGCUUUCGCGUGCAAAUCGCAAAAUAAAACCGAAGCGGCCAUCAAACAGGGCGCGUUCGACAAGGAAAUCGUCGGAGUACCCGAUAAGAGAACGGGAAAUUUGAUCGUCAAAGACGAGUUUCCCAAGUUCGAGACCACCGUGGAUAAAUUGGCCAAACUGAAGCCUUGCUUCAUUCCGAACGGCACCGUAACCGCCGGUAAUGCUUCAGGUAUAAACGACGGUGCUGCAGCAAUAUUAUUAGCUAGCGCUACUAAAGCUAAAGAGCUAGGUUUAGCUCCUCUAGCGAGGAUCGUGGGCUUCGCCGAAGUCGGUGUGAAUCCACUAGAAAUGGGAGUAGGUCCGAUCGGUGCCGUCACGAAACUACUACAAAAAAUCGAUUGGACGAAGGAAUCGGUGGAUUUGUACGAGCUGAACGAGGCGUUCGCGGUGCAGAGCAUCGUGGUGAACGAGGCGCUGCAAAUCGACGAGUCGAAAAUCAACGUGACGGGGGGCGCCAUCGCGCUGGGGCACCCGAUAGGCUGCUCGGGCACCAGGGUGCUGGUGACGCUGGUGCACAAUUUGCACAGGCUGGGGAAGAAGCGCGGGGUGGCAGCGCUUUGCAUCGGAGGCGGGAUGGGCAUCGCCUUGGCGGUGGAGGCGUAG